CUUCUUCUUCAAUUCGUCAAAAUACAACUGCAAUUUACAGUCUAGAGAGAGAUAGAGAAAAAAUGGGAGAUUGCAGACCGCUCGGUUUCUUGAUCGGAUUGCCGUUCGCUCUUGUAUCUUUAGUGUUGUCACUUAUCGGCGCUGUCAUCUGGGUUAUUGGGUCUGUUUUGAGCUGUUUGUGCCCUUGUUUUUGCUGUUGUGCCGGUCUUGCAAACAUGGCGGUUGAUCUCAUAAAACUUCCUAUCAAAGUGAUUAGAUGGUUUACAGAACAAAUUCCUUGUUAGGAAGAUGAUGGAUCCAUUCUUGGUGAUUAUGUUGUAGUUAUUCUUGUGCUGUUUUCAUAUUUUUUGUUGCAGAUAUUCCUUUGAUUCAUUAUUGUUGAUGGAGGUUUCUUUAAUGAUAAAUAUAUGUGAUUUCAUUU